GAGAGAACAAUAAAAAAUCGGACAGAUUCAUUCAAUUCAAGUGCUUGAGUCGAGUAAUUACGUGCGUUCGUUCGCCGCCCGUCGUAUGUACAAUACUACAUUUUUAAUAUUUUGUGAAAAGCCGGAAAUAAUCGAAUUUUGCGAGAAAGAAUAAUUAGUUUAACAUAUAAGAAAUGAUGUGGCAAACACGUAGGAUAUACGACAAAUAGCAAAGAGGCCCAAGCGUGUUUUAACAAAAACCACCAAAAAUAAAUGCGUUUGAAGUGCAAAGAAAAAUUGACAAAAAAUCCGACAAAUGAUGAAUUAAUAGCUUUUCCGUAGAAGAGAAAAUUGUUAUUACGUUGUCAAGUGGGGAACACACAAAGAGAGUGGCGUAAUCUGAGAUUCAGGGAAUACUUGGACAGCGUCGGCCUGUCUAAACAAACGUAUAUUACAAAGGUGCUGAAGACUCGGGUCCGAGUGGGUGUCUGUCCCACGGAGUUGUGGUGAACAAAUUGUGCGUGCCCCCACAAUGGACAACAGUGCUGGAUUGACAUUGGAACUGGUUAACAUAAACAGCAGUAAUAAAGGAGGAAGUACGUCAAGUUUAAUAUCCAAAGAAUCGAAACAGCAGAAGGAAGAUGUCACACUUUACUUUAAGAAGGUUGGCAGUGCCCUAUUUUAUGGAAUGGCUUCAUUCAUGAUAACCGUCGUCAAUAAAACCGUACUUACCUCAUAUAAGUUCCCCUCAUUCCUAUUUUUGAGUCUGGGGCAGCUAACUGCCAGUAUUGUGGUACUUGGUAUGGGCAAACGCUUGAAGCUAGUCUCCUUCGCCCCUUUACAACGAAAUACCUUUAGAAAAAUCUUUCCACUGCCAUUAAUCUUUCUGGGCAACAUGAUGUUCGGCUUGGGGGGCACUCAGGCUUUGAGUUUACCCAUGUUUGCUGCUCUUCGCAGAUUUUCAAUACUAAUGACAAUGUUGUUGGAAUUAAAGAUUCUAGGCAUACGACCAUCUACAGCGGUACAGAUCAGUGUCUAUGGCAUGAUUAGCGGAGCACUACUCGCGGCUUCUGACGAUUUAUCGUUUAAUAUGCAAGGUUACACAUAUGUUAUGAUUACCAAUGCCAUGACUGCGGCAAAUGGAGUUUAUGUCAAGAAGAAACUUGAUACCUCGGAAAUUGGAAAGUAUGGAUUAAUGUUCUACAACUCGCUAUUCAUGUUAAUACCUGCCUUGCUGAUUACCUACGCCACAGGAGACUUGCAUAAGUCCAUAGCAUUCGGCGAAUGGAAUAAUCCCUAUUUUGUUAUACAGUUCCUAAUGAGUUGUGUCAUGGGUUUCGUACUAUCCUACAGCACAAUACUGUGCACGCAAUAUAAUUCGGCCUUGACAACGACAAUUGUGGGCUGCUUGAAGAACAUAUGUGUCACAUAUUUGGGAAUGUUUAUUGGCGGCGACUAUGUAUUCUCCUGGCUGAACUGCAUUGGUAUCAACAUCAGCGUCUUUGCCAGUCUUCUCUACACAUACGUGACAUUCCGGCGGAAGCAAGCACCCGAUAAGGAACUACUAUUACCCACGACAUCUAAAAGUGAAGCUGUUUAGACACUUUUGUUUAUAUAUUUUUUUGCCCCACUUCUUUUCUUGGACUUCGUCUGGCAGAGAGCUAAAAAGCAAAACAACAUGUUGAAUUCACUCAGGGACCUUCCCUUAACAGGACAAACGAAAUGUUUUUAAGUAAACUUUGUCCUAAAGAAGUUAUUGUUCCGUGCAAGACAUGCGCUCAUAUGGUUUUCUAUUAUAUAUUUUUUUUUUUUUUU